AUGCCUAGCAUAGUAGAGCCAGAAGUCGUUGAGGCCGGUGAUACUCCUCCCGUCGAGCUUCCUGUCGAUGAUACCCCUCCUCGUCCUUACGUCGUCUUCAAUCAGAAUGUUGAUAUCGAAAUCGAUUUUGCCCGAAAGCGCGUUCACGGCCGAUCCGACAUCCUAAUCGUUCCUACCAUUGACGUUUCCGAAGUCUUUAUUGACGCCCGCCAGUGCGACAUCGACGUUACUAAGAUCACCGUCAGUAAUUGUGAAGUGGAGGCUUCAUAUGUAGAUCCUUGCGAUUCAAUACAAACGCCCGAACACUACCAAUGGUCAGCAGCUCAGUGGCCGAUCAAAAAACGCCGUAUGCAACCCUUGUUGCACCACAAGCGCAAGGAAGUAUCGGCGCUGGACCACGACUUGAAGUGCUGCACUCCCCUCGAUGGAUCUAUCAGGGUGAAGCUUCCUAGUGUAGACGAGGUGCUACAAAAGAAUAAAGACUCUCAGAAAUCCGACCAGCAAGACAUUCUCCUACACCCAGACGGCACCAUAGGUGGCUACAGAAUCCGUAUUCCCUUCAAGCUGAAAAAUGUUUGCGAUGGACUCCAAUUUGUCGGCGUUGACGAGGCGGAUAACCGAUAUCCUCAUGUCUAUACUCGUCAUUCCAUCGAACCCGGUACGGCGUCCGCCAUCUUUCCGUGUGUCGAUGACCCGGGUUCGCGAAAUUCUUGGAAAAUUUCUAUUACCUGCCCUCGGACGCUUGGCGACGCUUUCCGCAAGCCACCGGUGACGCAGCAACCCAAGGGACCUGAUGGAAGCCGCAAAAGGAGACACGGUGAGGAGGAGCCUAGGAUAGUAGAUAUCCCUCUUACGGAAGAAGACAAGAUGCUGGAUAUGACGGUCGUUUGCUCGGGGUAUCUGACUGGCGAGAUGGUUCACAAAGACGAUGACACCAAGAAAACCAUGACCUUUGAGAUUGACCGUAACAAGGCCGCAAAGCAUAUCGGCUUUGCCGUUGGACCUUUUGAGCACGUCGACUUAUGGUCAGAAUUCCGUAGCGAGGAGGAUGACACUAAGCUUGGUCCAAACGCCGUCAAGGUUCACGGAUACUGCCUCCCAGGUCGUGCGGAGGAAGUUAGGAAUACCUGUUCUACUCUGGUUACCGCCGUGGAUUACUUUGUACUCACUUUCGGUCGAUAUCCGUUCGAGAGCUAUAAAGUCUGCUUCGUAGACGACAUGAUUGAGGAUACCAUACCCUUAUGCGCCUUUUCGCUUUGCAGCACCAGGUUACUCUAUCCCUCAGAUAUCGUUGACACCGAAGUGGAAACUACAAGGACGCUAGUAUACUCCUUGGCAAGCCAGUGGUUUGGCGUCAAUAUUGUUCCUAACACAAAGGGAGAUAUCUGGCUCGUCGUUGGGAUAGCAUGGUUCUUAACCGACCAUUUUAUGAAGAUGCUAUGUGGCAAUAAUGAAUACCGGUUCCGGAUGAAGUCGAUGUCAGAUCGGCUCGUCGAGGUCGAUAUCAAGCGGCCGUCUCUACAAGACAUCGGCGAACACCUCUACUUGGGCAGCUUUGAGGUUGACUUUAUGAAUCUCAAGGCGCCGCUUGUGCUGUUCAUCCUAGAUCGACGCCUCUCCAAAUCCUCUAGCUCUACGGGCAUCUCCAAGAUAAUAUCUCGAAUGGUGAGUAAAGCGAAUACGUCCGGUCAGGCUUCUGAUGAGGUUUUGGAAUCCAGCGCGUUCCGCAGGGCUUGCGAAAAGGCUGGGAAUACGAGGUUAGAGAACUUCUGGAACCAAUGGGUACUCAUGUCUGGCUGCCCAAGGUUCGACGUCUUCCAACGUUUUAAUAAAAAAAGAUUGUGCGUUGAGAUGACGAUUCGACAAAUUCAGGAUAUAGCUUUUCUCAAGGCUAGGCCGCUCGACAAGAAUGAUUUCUGGAGGGAUGUUAUGGAGGAAAAUCACGCUGUUUACGCGGCCGAGUUGCAACAGUCUUUCACUGGACCUAUGACUAUUCGAAUCCACGAGGCAGAUGGCACACCCUACGAACAUAUAGUUGAAAUACGCGAAGAUGCUGCCAAGUCUGUGAAGUUUGAGAUCCCUUACAAUACGAAGUACAAGCGGCUUAAGAGGAACCGACGGCAACGUGAAAGGGCAUUGGCUAGCAGUACAAAGGGGAAUGAGGAUGGGCAUAGGGAUCUCUAUUAUUUAGGAGACGUUAUGCAACACCAGGAUGAGAUGGAGGAGUGGGAUUUCCGUGAGUGGGAUGAAGAAACUGAAGCAAAAAUGGAUCAAGAGUCGUACGAAUGGAUACGCAUGGACGCCGACUUCGAGUGGAUCUGUGAAAUGCAAACGAAUCUCCCGGCUUACAUGUAUGCGUCUCAACUGCAACAAGAUAGGGAUGUUGUUGCUCAACAAGAUUCUAUGCUGUUCCUUCACAGGAGCUUUUCUAAGACCGGGCCACAUCCUCUCGUCUCAACUAUACUCGCUCGUACUGUAUUGGAUCCUCGAUAUUACUAUGGAAUACGCAUCAUGGCGGCCGAUGAACUUCCCCGCCAUGCAGCAAAUGAGCAUGUGAAUUGGGUAGGGCUUCGGCACCUGAUGAAAAUCUACCAACACUUCUUUUGUCAGCCGGGAACAUAUACACCUUUGCCGAAUGACUUCUCAGACAAGCGACAGUACCUUGUUCAACGCACCAUCCCUGAGGCCGUAGCUCGCAUACGCGGCGAAGAUGGCAGGUGUCCUAAGGAUGCGCGUAUGUUCAUCCUUGAACAAAUUCAAGCCAAUGACAACUCGGCCAACGUCUAUUCUGACCAGCUAUAUAUCUGCAGGCUGAUCAAAGCCUUAGCUAUUUGCCAGAUUCCAGAUGAGAAGAAAGCUAAACAACAAAAAUCAAUGUCAUUCGCCUUUGAGGACGCCGAUGGUGAUGAGGUAAUGACGGACCCUAUUGAUUCGGAGCCGGAGGAAUUCCAGAAGUUGGCAAUGGAGGAGAUUGAGCGAUACCGUAGGAUGGAUGAAUAUUCUCCUUCGUACCAGAACUGCUUUACUAGGGCCGCACUUGACGCCUACUGCCGUCUAAUGAAGGCGGGAGUCAUCGAAAAGGACCCCGUCAUGUUUCUUCAGUACCUACAGGACCAGAUUUAUGAUCUUGUCCGCAUUGCAGCCAGCGAAUCACUUAUCGAGAUAGGAAUGUUACAAAAUCCUAAGUUCCUACGGCUUUACCUGAAUUUGGUCAGUACAGACCCUUCGCCGUUCGUUCGGGACCGACUAUUCAGAGCCCUCUGUCGUGGCUUUGCCGGUAUUGCUAUUGGAGAAACCGAACGGCCAGAGGAGCGAGUACCAGAUCAGCCAGCGGGAGACGAUCUUAUCGUUGAGCGUGAUGACGAAACGAUGGAGGCGAGGAAAAAAGCGAAAGCUCGCAAGGAAGAUCUAUCAGUAGCGCUUGCGGCGUUGAAAAAAGAAACUGCCGAGGAUGAGAACUUGCAGGAAGCUAUCUGGGACGCGAUAGAUUCGCCCGUCCUGACAGUGCCGGAGCGAAUUAACCUCCUCGAACUAUGCUCAAUACUGGUUGAAGAUGAUCCAUCCCUAGUUUUGACUUUCAAAUACCCUACCUACUGGACCAUCGAGCGUGGUGAAAAGAGCAGGUCUAGAUGCUUGGUCACAUUCAAGCGGCAUUUUAGAAGAAAACCACGUAAAGUAUACCCUGCAGCACCGCUACCGCCCAGACCAGAACCUAGACGAACCAUCACCCUAAACCUGAACCGAAACACCAGCUUCAGCUCGAAAGCUGAAACCCCUUCAGCCACCCAAGCUCCUCCACUACCUUCACCAGCUGGCCCUGUUUCCAAACCUGCAGAAGCUGCCCCCACACCCAAGCCUACUACUCUCCCUUCUCUGAAGCCGACACUUCCAGCGAAAGCAAAAGAUCUUGCUCCUCCCGCAAAACACACCACUGCUCAACAGCCAAAAGAAAAGAAUGUUCAGAAAGAGCCCAAGCAACCCAUGACCACUAAUACAUCUCAAGGGGGGGCCGUAUCGAGUUCGUCCCAGGAGAAACCCAAAAUACCCAAAAUAAGUAAUUCGCAUAGAGACAAUAUUUCUGUCCAGGCUCCUCUACGACCUACGGUUGAACUUGCGCAAUCUGAGCCAAGAGUAGCACCUUCAAAGGCUAAUGUAAAUAACCAUUUAGCUCCAUUGAAGCAUUCAAAGCCCCUGAAAAGAGCAAGCGCCGAAGGCGAUGGUCCGCGACCUACAAAGAUUGUCAAACUUGACACAUCUAAAAUCCCUAGAACGGAGUUAGAGAAACUUGGAAAGCGACCAAAGCCUAAGAUGUUAGUCACUGUGAAGUUCAACCGCUGGGAUAGAUUACGCAGACGAAAAGAUCAUGUACCCCAAACCGGUUCAAUCCGAGCAGCGCCCAAGCAUCGCAGACCCGAGGACAGGCUAAGCAAUUUAAGUCAGCGUCCCACCGCUCGUCCAGCUUCUCCUGCGGCUAGAUUUUCCGACUCUGCUCCCAUGAGAUCAUCCCCUGCAGCACAAUCCUCCUCUCAGAACCCUCCUACUGGACCCAAUUCUCCCUUUAAGGCACCGUCACAUUCCUCUCAGUCGAGCGGAAGCAUUGGAAAGCCGCGAAAACCUCUUCCAGAGAUGCGCAAACCGCUUCCGUCAGCAGCACCGACUAGCAAUCCCGCACAGUCGAAGCAACAUCAUCCACCUUCGUCUCCCCCCGCACCCAAGGGCACCACCGCCACUAAGCUCAAGAUCAAACUAAAGACGCCUACGUCAGGGUCGUCGGGUUAA